AGACGAAUAGGCAAGAUGACGGCAAAUGCUACAGAUGAUUUGUCCCGCCCACUCUUGGCAUCAGACUCAGGAGAAUACAAGAUGGUCAUCGUCGCCCGCACUGACCUCAAGAUGGGCAAAGGGAAGAUAGCAGCUCAGUGUGCUCAUGCAGCUGUAGCAGGGGCUGAGAAGGCAUUCCGCAAUAACCAGGACCAUCUGUACAAGUGGCGGUCAAGUGGUCAGCCAAAAGUAGUGGUCAAGACAGAUGAUGAAACAUCCUUGUUAGCACUGGCGAAGGCAGCUCAGUCAGCUGGUCUGACAACAAGUGUUAUCAGGGACGCAGGUCGCACACAGAUAGCUCCAGGGUCAAGGACAGUGCUGGGAGUUGGACCAGGUCCUGCUGAACUGGUGGACAGAGUGACUGGACAUCUCAAGCUGUUGUGACCUCUCAUGUAUAUUAUGCACAUUUACCUGUAAAUAAUCAUCUGUUUUAAUAAAUACUGACUCAAAGACA